UAAGAUCUUUGAUACCAAGCGCGCAGGCGCGGAGAACCCCGGAAGUGGUGCGGCCAAGGCGCGCGUGCGGUCCGUGGACAAAAGACUCCGGAGGAUCGGCGGCGGGAUAGAACAAGCGCAGGAUAUUGAUGCUCGGGAAUCUCAAACUCCUUCAGUUAACCUGCACCUGAACGCGUGGGAGGGAUUCACUGUGUCAGCUGAGCCGACGAGGCACCAUAAAUUCCGCAGCAUGGAGACAUUAUUCACUAGCUCUGAGAGUGAGCUGGGAUUCACUCAUUCUUCCCACCAGCAAGAUCACGUUGUGGAGAAACCAUUUCCCUGUCCCGAUUGUGGGAAGGGAUUCACUCAAGCAAACAACCUGAAGAGACACCAACAGCAAGUUCACGCUGAGGAGAAACCAAUUCCCAGUCCUGAUUGUGGGAAGGAAUUCUCUCUGGCCGGCAGCCUGAAGGAACACCAGAGAAUUCCCACGGGGGAGAAGCCAUUCACUUGUCCUAUGUGUGGGCAGGGAUUUACUGCAUCAUCUGGGCUACAGACACAUCAGUUGAUUCACAUGGAGGAGAGGCCGUUCACCUGCUCGGAGUGUGGGAAAGGAUUUAUGCAGUUAUGCCACCUACAGUCACACCAGCGGAUUCACACUGGAGCGAGGCCGUUCACUUGUUCUGAGUGUGGGAAGAAAUUUAUACAGUCAUCUCACCUAAAGUCACACCAGCGGAUUCACACCGGGGAGAAGCCCUUCACCUGUACUGAUUGUGGGAAGGGAUUUACUGCAUCACUUGGGCUACAGAGACAUCAGCUGAUUCAUACUGGGGUGAAGCCAUUCAUCUGCUCCGAGUGUGGGAAGGGAUUUAUGCGGUCAUUGGACCUACAGUUACACAAGCGGAUUCACACUGGAGAAAGGCUGUUCAGUUGUUCUGAGUUAGGGAAGGGAUUUAUUGACAUAUCUGUGCAACAGAGACACCAGCAGAUGCCCAGCGUGGAGAGGCCAUUCACCUGCUCUGAGUGUGGGAAGGGAUUUAUGCGGUCAUCUCACCUGCAGUUACACCAGCGGAUUCACAGCGAGGAGAGGCCGUUCACCUGCUCUGAGUGUGGCAAGGGAUUUAUACAGUCAUCUCACCUAAAGUCACACCAGCGGAUUCACACUGGAGAGAGGCCGUUCGCUUGUUCUGAGUGUGGAAAGCGAUUUAUUGACGUAUCUGGCAUACAGAGACACCAGCAGAUGCACAGCGGGGAGAGGCCGUUCAUCUGCUCUGUGUGUGGGAAGGGAUUUGUACAGCCAUCUCACCUACACUCACACCAACAGAUUCACACUGGGGAGAAGCCAUUCACUUGUUCAGUGUGUGACAAGGGGUUUGGUAAAUUAUACGGGCUACAAGUACACCUGCGAAUUCACACUGGGGAGAAGCCGUUCAUUUGUUCUGUGUGUGGGAAGGGGUUUACUAACUUAGCUGCAUUACAGAGACAUCAGAGAGUUCACACUGGUGAGAGGCCAUACACCUGCUCUGAGUGUGGGAAGGGAUUCAUUCAGUCUGCCCAGCUGAAGGCCCACCAGCGAGUUCACACUGCGGGGAAACCAUUUGCCUCUCCCAACUGUGGGCAGGUCAACACUGAUGAUCUGGUGACCAACUAUCAAAUUCACACUGAGUAGAGGCCGUUCCCCUGUGUGUGGGAAGGGUUUCGCUCAGUCUUCCAACCUAGUGAGGCAUGAGUGAGUUCACACUGGGGGGGUUAACCAUCGCAGUUGCUGAAUCCGUUUGCUGUUGAACUAAGCUCUGUUCACAGUUGCUGAAUCUGGUUGCAAGUCCACAAGUGUCUGCUGGUGUUGGACUAUGCGGUAUCUGCUGCUACUCAUCACAUCUAGGACUGAAUACUUGUUUAAGAAAGAACUGCAGAUGCUGGAAAAAAUCGAUGGUAGACAAAAAUGCUGGAGAAACCCAGCUGGUGAGGCAGCAUCUAUGGUGAGAAGGAAUAGGCGACGUUCCGGGUCGAGACCUUUCUUCAGACCAAAGAUCUUAGAGCCGAGCAAGAUUGACCACUCCUACAAACUCCAAUGGACUGACGUGUAGUACGCAAUGGAGCGUAACUUCCGCCAUUUCAGUAAACCCGACCCGACUUCAUUUAUGCUUCUUGCAGUGUAAUCAGCAAUGCGGGGGAACAGUUUGUGUGUUUUUAAAUGUUUUUUUAAAUUUUAUUUUUAAAUGGCUCAUGCCCUGUGUUUGAAUUGAUUUUUGUAUUAAACUUGCACUCUAAUUCAUCUAAUCCCAUUGUUCACAACUGCUUGUAUGCACCCAUAAAGGCAAUUAUAUUUAUAUAAUAUAUAAUAACACAUAUAUAUUUGUUUUAUAUAUAUAUAUAUAUA